UACUCCAUGUCUUUAUCUGUUUUAUAAUGAUGUUUCUAGUUACAUAAAUCGAUGCAAAUUAAAUACUUGAUCGCAAAUAUCUUUAAUCUCACACUAGCAAAAAUUAUCAAAGUUAGAUAUUAAUCAUUUACUCACCAACAAGAUGAAACAAAGUAGAACUCAUUUGAUUAUAUUUGUUCUUAUAGAUUGAGAAAAAUUAAGAGUAUUCCCUCUCAUUUUUAAUAGUCAAAACUCUCAAAAGAUUUCAAAUAAGAACAUGAUCAUUGUGAAAUGGAUGGAGUAUAUAAUGUUUCACAAUAUCAACUUUUUUUUUUAUAAUUUUUUUUACUAACAUUUAAUUAUUUUUAUCUAAGGUUAAACUUGUGCAUUGACAUGUGUAUCAAUUUGACUGUGUCACUUAUUAUAGGACGGAGGGAGAACUAUUUUGUUUUUGUAGACUACUUGAAGGAGAUUAGAAUCGUGUUGUUUGUGUAGUUCUCAUUGCAGAACAUGGAAUGAUGGAAUUUUCUUAAGACUACUUGAAGGAGAUUAGAGUCUCACGAUUCGAUUGAAUAUUUGAGUAUCACUCUUUACACGUUUAGAUAAUACCUUUGACCUUGUUUGUUUACUAAUAGUCUAAUAAUUUAGAAAUAAAUGUUAUUUUCUUAAUUAUUGUUGAGCUAAUCGCAAUAUGUAUUGUCAAACUAUAAUUUUGUAAAAGCAUGGUUAAAGAUAUUAAUUAAUGGGAAUAAUAAAAGUACAUUUAAAAAUAAUGGAGGUAGUAGGUUUUAAGCCUAAGCAUUGAAAGCUUGAGGAGAGACGCUCUGCAAGACUUAUGUUGUAACCAUUAGAAAAUGUAAAAAUACAAUAUGAGGAAAAUAAUCAUGGUUUUGACUUUAACUAAACUCUUUUAGAUCGAUCUCUUUGGAUGAAAUCAUAUAUGCACAAGAGAAACAAAGAGUGAGAAAUAUUAUACCUCUAGUUUCUCCUAUAUCUAAAGAUUAAUAAACUUUGUUGAUUACAUGUUAAUCAAAAUCAAUGUACAAAAGUUGAUAUUAUGAAUAAACACAAUAAUAUAAAUUAAAUAAGAAUCCACAAAAUAAUAUAGAGUAUUCUGUUAGUUUAUCUUACACAACGUAAUAGUAAAAAAUUUCUUCAAGUAUUAGUAUACCCCCCCCCCCCCCCACCCUCCAAAAAAAAAAAAGUAAUAGUAAAAAAAAGGUUUGGUGUAGUUGGUGAGCAUUUCGCCUUGUAACUUUAAGGUUACAAGGUUGAAUCCUUCCGGCUGUGGUACUUAGCGGUGAAUAUUCUUUAUCCUAUCCCUUUAUUUUUAAGUGUUUGACUUGUAAAUAUGUCUAGUCAAUAUGAACUUAAAAACUAAACUCGGAAGAAUUAAUAGUUUGCGAUUUUCCAAAAUAAAUCCUAUAAUUAGGGAAUAAUCAAACCAUUAUAGAGGACAAUAAAGAUGCUAUGUUUUCCAAAGGAAGUACAUGUAUUGUUUAAUUUGUAUUGGCCGAACACCAAAAACCAAUAGUAGAUUGAAAAAUAGUGUACCAAUCAAUUAUAUAGUUAUUUUUAGUGCUAUAACCUUGGCAAAGGAAAAAAAUGUAUAGGUGAUAUUUUGUACUGCAUUUGUCCCACAAUAGAAAAUGGUGAAUGUUGAUAGGCUAUAUGAAAGUACACAUGGCCAAAUUUGAACCAAUAUAAGUAUUAGUAGUUGUAAAAUAAAUUCAAACAUUAUUGGAGUAUGAAAUUGUGUAGCUCAAAAGAGAAGCAAAGCAAAAAUUUCAAUUUCUUGUACAUGCACCAGUUGUAAUUUUCACCAGUUGACGCCUAUGUUUAUGUAUGUUUUUAUUGCUACAAAUCACGCCUUACGUGCCUAUCCUUCUUGAUGGAUCGACCUCUAAAAUUGCAUGUUUCAAUUUCUAAUACGCGUUUGUUUGGCGGUAUUUUGACAAGUGACCACUUUGUCUUGUUUUUGGAUAAGGUGAAGGUGUAGAGUGGUGAGUUGAACAACUUUAACGGCCUUUCCAAGGUUGAUUUGCCUCUUGCAAUAGGGUACUUGUACUUCUCUUAUAGAGUUGUCAAUUCGAGUAUUUGAGUCUGGUUUGAUGAGGUUGGGCCAGGUUAGAUCCAUUUUAUAUAUGAGUCAAGCUAAAUUUAUUGUCCACACAAGUCGAAAUCUGAACUUGAUUUUUUCGAAUCAUCCAUUUUUGACACCUCUAUAAUCUCUAAGGCACUAAUCUCUCCAUAUCUUGAUGAUUGUCUUGUAAGAAGUAUAGAGUAUAAUAUUUUGGGAUGUUACUUUGAGUUUGUCCUAUAAUUCUUUUAAUAUAGUGAAAUUGGAGUGUGUGGACAAUCUUUAAAUGAUAGAUGGAGGGGAUACAAUACAUACGUGCUUUUCGAAAGUUAUACUAACAUUUUACAGGGUGAGUAAAUCGUUGAAAAAUAGUUUGCUCUCAUAUAUAUAGUAAGUGGUGUCAAAUUAAUCAAUUUUUGGAGCGGGAAAUUUAAUCUUGUGAAAUUCCCAUACUCUGUUAAUCAACAUCAAACCUAAAAGAUUGGUAGUAACUGUAAUUAAUAGACGGACGAGGUGUGUUAAUUUGAAGAUUUCACAUGAGAUUAUAACUUCUACACCAAGGGAUCGGAUCCGUUUAUUUUUGCUGUCAUACUCUCAAAGAACUAAAUUUUAACGUAGAAAAGAAUAAUAAGACUUGACACCACAAGGGUAGAUAUGGUCCAUAUAAAUUAUCUCAUAGGAAUGAAAUUAUCUAAGAUAGAGAAGGGAAAUUCUUUUACACCUCUUUACAAUAAAAAAUAAUUAAUAAUAUUCACAUGUAGGCCAUGCACAAAUUUCUUUUUUUUUUUUUUUUUUUUUUUUUUUUUUUUUUGACAACUUAAAUUUCAUAUCAUAGCUUAUACAGUUAUACGUUGUCUUUAUUUCAAUUCUCAUACCAUACGACACUAUAAUAUAAGCUCCUACCAUUUCUCUCAAAUCAUAACUAAAACCAGAAAUCUAUCAACAUUUAGUUAAUGAAGUACCAUGGAAAACUCCAUAAUUAGUAGAAGCAGUAGUAGAUGGAUAGCAACGGCUGCAAGUAUAUGGAUACAAGCAAUACUAGGUGGUACGUACACUUUUAGCAUAUAUUCUCCUAUACUUAAAUCCUCACAAUCCUAUGAUCAGUCCACCCUCGACACCGUCUCGGUGUUUAAAGAUAUAGGUGCAAACGCCGGGGUCUUAGCCGGUCUCUUAUAUACCACGGCUACCUCAGGGCACAACCGUUAUGGCGUGCCCUGGAUGGUUCAUGUGGUGGGGGCGGUCGAGGGGUUCUUGGGUUACUUUCUUAUGUGGUUAGCUGUUGUUGGAGUCAUCCCACGCCCACCUGUGCCUUUGAUGUGUGUUUUUAUGUUCCUUGCUGCUCAUUCUCAAACAUUCUUCAAUACUUGGAAUGUUGUUACGUCUGUCCAGAAUUUCCCUGAUUGUAGCGGAACCGUUGUAGGUCUUAUGAAGGGUUUCCUAGGACUAAGUGGAGCAAUCUUAAUCCAAGUAUACAAAGCAUUUUUCAAGGGAAAUCCAAGCACAUACAUACUAAUGCUUGCAUUGCUACCAAGUAUAGUCUCAUUAUCUCUCAUAUAUUUGGUGAAAUUAUGUCCAAAUAAAACAUCAGAAGACAAAAACCACCUAAAUUCUAUGUCCUUAGUCUCAAUGCUUCUUGCUGCAUAUCUUAUGAUCAUCCUCAUCUUGGAAGACAUUCUAGUGUUUCCCCAUUGGGCACGCCUUCUAAACUUUCUAGUCCUUAUAUUAUUCCUCUCAUUGCCUCUAAAAAUCGCGACUGAGGCAAACAAGAAGGAGAAAUCUCAACCACUUCUCCUAAAAACAGAACCAUUACUCUAUGACUCAAAUGAUUCAAAUGAGCCAGAGAAGAGCCUAGUGGGUGAAGAAGAUGUCGAGUUGUGUCAAGAAAGCAUGAACAUCUUGGAAGCUAUGGGAAGCAUCAAUUUUUGGCUAUUGUUUCUUGCUAUAUUAUGUGGAAUGGGUUCGGGUCUUGCCACUAUAAACAAUAUGAGCCAAUUAGGUCAGUCACUUGGAUAUAACACAAGCAAGAUUAAUACAUUGGUUUCACUAUGGUCGAUAUGGAACUUCUUUGGUCGAUUUGGAGCAGGCUAUAUAUCUGAUAUCCUACUACGUCGAAGGGGAUGGGCUAGGCCAUUAGUGAUGGUGGUCGCGCUAGGAGCAAUGACUGUAGGACAUGUGAUCAUUGGCUCAGGAUUUUUUGGAAAUUUGUACAUAGGUACAAUCUUGGUGGGAAUUUGUUAUGGUGCAUUGUGGAGUUUAAUGCCUACUAUAACUUCGGAAAUCUUCGGUGUUUUGCAUAUGGGAACUAUAUACAAUGCCAUUGCUAUAGCAAAUCCUUUGGGAACUUAUGUUCUGUCUGUUUGGGUGAUUGGUCAUAUUUACGACGAAGAAGCAGGGGAGCAUAGUUCUUGCCUUGGUGUACACUGCUUCAUGGUAUCCUUCUUUGUAUUGGCAUUUGUUAGCUUCUUGGGCUUUAUUGUUGCUCUUACGUUGUUCUUCCGAACAAGGGUGUUUUAUAGGUCGGUUGUGCUAAGAAGACUACGUUAUUCUCUGAGAUGAUAAAGAAGGAUUGAUGGUUCAACUCAAAAGUCAUAAGGUAGCGCAUUGGCAAACAUCUUUAGAUAGAGAUUUGUACCGAGUCUAAUACAGAUAGGGUACAUUUAAGUAUACUAUGAACUUGUUUAUUCAAUUUCAUGAAAGUAUAUAUUGUUCUUUGCUUAUUUAUAUGUAAAUUAUUUGAACAAAAAGGAUGGACUUUGAUAUUUUGUGAGUAUCUAUGCAAAUAAUUUUUCCUUAUUAUUAA